CCCCACGGUUUCCGCCCUUUCACCACUGCCUUCCUGCAUUCUUCAAUUCUCACGUCACGCUCUCUCGGUCGCCCGCUAUUUCGCAUUGUUGCCACCACCGUGACCUAAGCUGAGCUUUCGGGUUGCGAGCGACGCUGUUAGUUGCCGGUGCCGCUCGGGAGGAUUGCGCGCUAGAGCUCGGGUCGUCAGGGGGUGUGAAGUAGCUUUCUGUGGAAGCGCAUUUUUCAGUUUAGCACUGGUUUUUGAAGGGAACGCUUUCUGUGUCGGUUGAAGAUGGAGGAAAUAACAGAAGGGGUGGCUGAUAUGAGCGUGUAUGAUGCGCACAAGAAGAACCGGAUUCAAGUUUCGAACACCAAGAAACCAUUAUUCUUUUAUGUCAACCUUGCGAAGAGAUAUAUGCAACAGCAUGAAGAAGUGGAAUUGUCAGCCUUGGGAAUGGCAAUUGCUACGGUGGUCACGGUGGCUGAGAUACUAAAGAACAACGGUUUGGCAAUCGAGAAGAGAAUUCUAACCUCAACGGUGGACAUGAAAGAUGAGACCAGGGGUCGGCCCAUUCAAAAAGCUAAGGUCGAGAUUAUUCUGGGAAAGUCGGAACACUUCGAUGAGUUGAUGGCCGCUGCAGCAGAAGAGCGAGAGUUAGCUCCUGAGGAGGAUCAGGUUGGCCCCUGACGUAGACUUCCCUGUAGUUAGGUGUAGAGUAGACAGUGGCUCACAUCUCCCUCCAUACAUUGUACAUGUCGAUUUUGACAGCUUCAAAGUUCAAUGAAAUCUUUGAUGCCCUUGAGCACAUCGGACAAUUUUGCCAGGGUGAUUAUACGA